CACAGCAUAUGCAAUUAGUUAUACCAGAUGCAAUCCGAAACAAGCCGAGUUUGUGGAAAACUUUAGCAAUGAUGAUUUAAAUGAUUUAUCACUAAAGUAUAGACAUAACAAUAGUUGGAAGGAGUCGGAAGAAGAUCUAGUAGGAAUUGUAGAAGAGAUCUUCAAAGCUUUGUAUGUAAUUCUUAUCAUAGAAACUACUCCAUUACUUUUGUGCUAA